ACUACAACUGAAGCUACAACCACGACGACAGAGGAACCGUCCACCACCACAACCGAAGGAACUACGACUACAACUGAAGCUACAACCACGACGACAGAGGAACCGUCCACCACCACAACCGAAGGAACUACGACUACAACUGAAGCUACAACCACGACGACAGAGGAACCAUCCACCACCACUACCGAAGGAACUACGACUACAACUGAAGCUACAACCACGACGACAGAGGAACCGUCCACCACCACAACCGAAGGAACUACGACUACAACUGAAGCUACAACCACGACGACAGAGGAACCGUCCACCACCACAACCGAAGGAACUACGACUACAACUGAAGCUACAACCACGACGACAGAGGAACCGUCCACCACCACAACCGAAGGAACUACGACUACAACUGAAGCUACAACCACGACGACAGAAGAACCGUCCACCACCACAACCGAAGGAACUACGACUACAACUGAAGCUACAACUACGACGACAGAGGAACCAUCCACCACCACUACCGAAGGAACUACGACUACAACUGAAGCUACAACCACGACGACAGAGGAACCGUCCACCACCACAACCGAAGGAACUACGACUACAACUGAAGCUACAACCACGACGACAGAGGAACCGUCCACCACCACAACCGAAGGAACUACUACAACUGAAGCUACAACCACGACGACAGAGGAACCAUCCACCACCACUACCGAAGGAACUACGACUACAACUGAAGCUACAACCACGACGACAGAGGAACCGUCCACCACCACAACCGAAGGAACUACGACUACAACUGAAGCUACAACUGAAGCUACAACCACGACGACAGAGGAACCAUCCACCACCACUACCGAAGGAACUACGACUACAACUGAAGCUACAACCACGACGACAGAGGAACCGUCCACCACCACAACCGAAGGAACUACGACUACAACUGAAGCUACAACCACGACGACAGAGGAACCGUCCACCACCACAACCGAAGGAACUACGACUACAACUGAAGCUACAACCACGACGACAGAGGAACCGUCCACCACCACAACCGAAGGAACUACGACUACAACUGAAGCUACAACCACGACGACAGAGGAACCGUCCACCACCACAACCGAAGGAACUACGACUACAACUGAAGCUACAACCACGACGACA